CAGGUUUGGUUGAGAGUUGGCGCCGCGCUGAAGCUUCGGGAGGACGGCAGCGGCGGAGGGGCCGGCGGUGGGAGGCGGUUGGACCUCUGUCCCGGACUGGGAGAGCUCCAGCCGUUGAUCCGGCCGAAGUACCGGGAGUAGGGCCGGACCGGGCCAGGAUCCGAAUAUUUUUCGGACUGUGAGGUAGCAUCCAUGACUAAAGUGCCCAUGGCUGAAAACUGCAGACCAUCACGCAAAAGCAUGAAGGAGAGGAUAAGUGGGGUGUCCGUUAAAUUGGAGAAUCCACCAGAUGCUCGAUAUGGGCAAUCAGAGAAGAAUCCCUCUGCAGUUGCUGAGAAGAAACAGAAGUCAAUACCUGGAGAGUCAGAAAAAGAUUCUGGAUUUUCAGACACCAGCUCAGAAUACCUGAGUACAGUGGAACAGAGUGAGUCGGAGGAUCGGUCAGCACCGGCAGCAUUGAAUCCUGCAGGGAAAUCGACUACAGCACAAAGCUCACUCUCAAGCCUGACUCCUGUGUACUUUGUGAAAAAUGUCAUUGUCAAAGAGCCUUUGCCCGUUCCUACAGGGAGCCAGCUUGUUCACACCCGGCUGCAGACCUGGGAAAACCAGCAUUCUCUUGGUUCCCCACCAGGCCAGACCCGAGUGGUCUUCAUCCGACAGCCUUUGGCACCUUCCUUGAAAGUUCAGAAGGCAGAAGUAAAGACUGGAGCAGGGAAGGACACCUAUCUCCCGAUCUUAAACUCCUACCCUAGGAUCGCCCCGCACCCAAACAAAGACCGACACCGUAAAGAGAACCAGGAGCAGGCGGAUCAGCAUGUGGCCCAGGACAAGGCUACAGAUCACAAGAGCAAACGGUUGUGUGUAGACGAGAUGGGAGCCCACCGGCUGGAACCUUCGUCACCCCAGAAUGGUCAAACUACACCCACAGUGCCGCUGGCAAAUUGGCAGGGUCACUGGCAAGUUGAGAACUCUAAACAGCAGCUGUGGUUUGGGGCGACAAACGCUUUAAGUCAUUUUGACGUCUCAGUCUCCCCAUCACCGGUACUGUCUCCAGAUCUCACCUCUCAGUCUGAAUGCUCGGAAUCUUCCUCCUCGUCCUGCUCCUCCUCCGUGUUAUCCUGUGCUCCCAGUGCACGGUUGUCUGGCGGUGAGCCAAGAUCCACCCCCAGCCUCGCCAAGCAGCGGCGCUUCCGCAACACGGUGGAGAUCCUGAACCGCUCUGGGCUGCUGGAGAUCACGCUGAGGACCAAGGAGCUGAUCCGCCAGAAUGGCACCACUCAGCGGCAGAUCAACGAGCUGAAGGAGCACGCCCAGCUCUUCUGCAGUGCUGUGAGGAGCAGGGACCCCCUGGACAUACUCAGGCUGCAGGAGGCCAUGAAAUGUUCGGGGGCAUAUGAACCAGCAGCCAAAAUAUCCUCCUCCUCCACUUCCUCUUCUCCUUCCUCCACUUCCAGUCCCAGUUCUGCGACAAGUCAAGGAACCUCUGACCAAGCACCACUACCAUAAUCCAAGUCUGCCUGGUGAAGCAGGGUCAUCAUUGGUGAAGAAUGCUCUGUGGAACAGGGCGGAAGAGCAGAGUUGAGGUAGAAGUUCAGCCAGGUUCUUAUUGAAUGGCAGGGCAUGCUUGGGUGCAGUGGGGAGGUGCCAAGGUAACCCCUGCUCCGUGGAGAGUUGGGACCAGUACCUGCUUCCUGUGUCAAGGGUACGUCAGGGUCUAUAGGUUAGCUUUCCACCACUCUCUGGAUUUCUUGCUGUGUAAAGCUGACUGUAUUUUAAAAGUCCUUCAUUGGUUUUGAAGCUCUUGGGGGUGGGUGGGGGGAAUGUGAAGGUGCUAUAGAAAGGUAAGCCUUUUAUUUAAUGUCAUCAACUGAGGCCAGUCUCCAUCUACAUUCCUGUUGUUUCAUCUCUUUGCUUGAGCAGUUCUGAGGGAGUUCUGUGGAACUUCUGGUGAAGGACCUCUUUCGACUCACUGUAGUUCAGAGCUGUAGACCCUGUGUUAACAAAUACACACCCGAUCUGUAAACUGGCUCAGUGGGUUUGAAUAUAUCGUCUGCUCCCGGUCCAGGACUGAGGGAAUGUUGCACUGUUUAAAGCGUUAUUUAGUGCUCUCAGAUGGUAAAGGUGUCAGCACCAUCUGAAGAGCAGGAACAUCCUGCCAGUGUUGUGGACACCUUUUCUCCUCUUCCCACCAAUGGGUUGACUCCCAAUUUGUCUUGCUGCUGUUUGUGGAACUUUGGACAUGGCAUGGUUAUAAUACUUAACAAAAUUUCAUCUGAAUGAGACAUUUUCCAACCAAGCUGAUGAACCACUGGGAUUGACGCAGAACUUCAGAUGAUGCCUCCACCUCUGCGUUGGUCAUCAACAGCAAAUUCAUCUGUUGGGUCGUCCUGUCCUAUUCAUCUGGUGAGUAGUGAUAUCUGCAGAUUGUGGGAAGUUGCCAUCACAGAGUUCCCCUGCAGCUCAUGGGGUCGGUCCAUUUCUGUGCAGGGACAUCUGUGAAUUUUGGGUUAACAAGAAACUGACAAUCACUGAAAACUCUGUGGGUCAGGCUGCAUCCAUCUGCCAGAGAAGGGAAUCGGAAACCUAACACUACACCCUUCCUCUCCACUGUUGUUCGACCUAAAGCAACAUUUUCUGCACCAUUCCCAACUUCCAGUGUCAGAACUCAGACAAUUGAAGUGUAAGCAAAUCAUCCUCCACCCUAAGGGACUGCCCAAGAAGAAAAGGGAUUUGCUUUCCCUGAUUCUGGCAGACUGAAUUACAGAUUGACCGAGAGCAGGCUGUCCCCAAUGAAAGCCAUGACGGGUUAAACCACUAAUACAAAGCUGAAGUACAAAUGGAAAAUUAACUCAGCUCAUAGAGCAGCCCCUGGUCAGGGGGGCAAAAAAAAUUUAAUGUCAGACCUGCAGCCAGGGUUGUAGACCUUCCCCCUCCUCCACCUCCAUUCACCACUGCAGAUCCAAGGUAGCAGGGCAGGCUGUGAUGCUCUUGCAGGGAUAGCUCGCUGCUGCAUUGGACCAUGGGUUGGGAGAGCCAUCAUGGACAGGAGUGGGUGAAAAUGCACAUUUGGGGGUUGGGAGUGUAGUUAUCAUAAUGAUUGACCUUAUCUGGAGCAGGUAGAGUGCCAUAGCAUUGGCUGCUCGAGGAAGAGAGUGUUGGGAGUAUCAAGACCCUGUUGUGAUUGUACUUUGCAUCCACUUCCCUUCAGAAGAUGAAGACUAUGAUUAAGCAUGUUUCAAAGUCUGUAACAUUGGUGAGACUGGUGCACUGGCAAGCUUCCCAACGAGCAUGCAAGCAGGGGAAGAGAUUCCAGGAAAGUGGGUAGAAACACUAUCAAAGGACUGGCUUUCGCAGAGGGGAGGAAACCCCAGUGUGGGGUGGGGGGGGGGGGGGGUUGGCGUGGGUGCGCGGCCUGGGAGCUCAAAGCUGCAGGUUGUCAUUGGGUGAGUUGAAAGAGGGGACGGUGCAGAAGAAUUGUAAGAAUGGAGAGUUCCAGGACAUGAUUGGGGGGUGGGGGAAGAGGGGGUUAGUGGAGAGGACUGCUGUACUACUGAGAAAGCCAGCAAGACCACUGAGGUAUUGCAAAAGAUGAGAACAAGUAUUGGCAACUGGAACAGUGAGAGGGAGCAGUAGAGUUCCUCUGUGAAGUUGUGCCUGGUGUGAUUUUAGGCUUGAAGCUCCCUGGUGCUGCAAUGUAAUUCUCUCCUCUGUAGACUGGGCUGUAGAACUUACACAGUACGAGCAUUGAAGGAAUGAUCCUCGGCUGCGACCUGCCUGAUCAGGUGCACGGUGACAAUCUGAUGGGACCUGCUGUUCCCUUGAGAGGUAUCACACCUCAGAUCAAGCGCAAAACAAAACUGCUGAAGGAAUGCAGUGGGUCGAGCAGCAUCUGUUGGGGGGAAGGAAUUAUCAAGAGACCCUUCCUCAGGAUUGCUCAUCCCACUGCGUUCCUCCAGCAGCUUUUUGUUUCAGAUUCAAACAUCUGCAGUUUCCCGUGCCUCAGGUCAAGCAGUUAAUUCACUUCAUUGCUGUUGAAAAUGCCCGUCUCUUUUAAAUAAUUCACUCUUAUGCACUUCCUGAUAUGAUAAAGUGCAAGUUUUUGUUUGAUGUCCAAUGUGUUUUGAGUCCUGGCACUGGCACAGACCUAUUAGCAGAUUGUCAGAUUAAGCCAAGGAGCAAGGCUGGAACAAACUUUUUGAAAUGUAAUGUCGUUUUACCCCCCACCUCUUCCUCUGGGAACCAGCCACGAGAUUCUCUGAACUUGUACAGGGGCUGCAAGCCGUGGUUUGGACCACAGUGUUUGGGGUUAACUUGGGGAUGUGAGAGUGGUUACUGUAGCCAGAGGGAGAGCCAGGUGUUAAAGGGUUAACAGUCACAACAUUUUAUAUUGUGUUAAUGCAAAUAAAGUUUUUAACCUGA